AUGGCUAUCAUCAUUUUACCAUUGUAUAUUUAUUGCAUAAUUCGUCGUUUUUAUAUUCAAACAAAAGCUGCAAUUAAUAUUAAAUAUACGUUACUUGAUUUCGAAAAAUUACAACCUGGUACGCAAUUAAAAGGUUGGCAGGAAAUAUCACAUGCGGCAAAAUCAUAUGUCAGUAUGAAAGAUGAAGAAAUUGAAGGAAAGCAUAUAGCUAAAGUUUAUAGACCAAGCAAUAGUCAAUGUGACACGAGCAGUAAGACAGCAUCGGCAGGUAGUUCACAAACAACGAAAAGUUCACGUAGUUCAAAACCAAUAAAAUCAAUGCCGACUGACUUAUUGAUCAGCGACAGUGAAAUAGAUGAUGAUGAUGAUAAACCUACAACCAGUUCAAUUACUGGAAAUGAAUCAACCAAAGUUCCUAGGAAUAUACCGAUCCUGAUACAGCCUGACAAGUGA